AUGACGGCUAUUGCUUGCUGGCUUAAUUCGGUUGUGAGAAGCGGCAAAAUUCCUCCGAAACCUAGAUGCGCUGAGGUGACAGAAACAGUCCUGCUAGGUAGUUGCUCAGGAAGAGAGGCAAGUGGAGAGGCAGGGUCACAGGUGACAGAAACAGUCCUGCUAGGUAGUAGCUCAGGAAGAGAGGCAAGUGGAGAGGCAGGGUCACAGGAUGCUGAUCCAUCUGUAGACAGCAAUAGACAGAGUAACUGUGAAAGUGACGACAUCGAAGAACAGAGUGACAACAAUGAAGAACAGUGUAGAACUGGAGAUAUUCUGGACUUUGACAUCAAGCCAAACCAACCUCACCCCAAGAACAUUGCAGUUCAAAAGCUGUCAAAUAGGGUCCUCCAUUUUCAGGAAAAUUGGUACAAGCAGUAUCCAUGGCUUCACUAUAGCCCCACUGUGAAGGGAAUUCUCUGUUUUUACUGUGUGAAAACAUACACAAUAAAGAAAAAUACACUGUCCAAAAAAGCAGACCCUGCGUUUUCCUCUAAGGGAUUUAGUAACUGGAAGAAUGCUCUUGUUAGCUUUGAACGCCACCAGAAUAGCAAAUCGCAUCAUCAUGCAGUCACAGUUAGUGCUCAAGAAGCAAACCCAGUAGAUUCACAACUCUCAAGUGCCUGGGCAAAGCAACAAGAUAAUGCUAGGCACUGCCUGCAAAAUAUUGUAAGUUCAGUACAGUACCUAGCUAGGCAGGGUCUGGCACUGCGAGGCCAUGAGACCCAAGAUGGGAAUCUAUUUCAGCUUUUGAAAUUUAAAGCCAAAGAUGAUGCUAGUCUCUCUAGUUGGCUAUCCCGUUGUCAUGACUAUACCUCUCCUCCAGUGCAAAAUGAGAUUUUGCAAUUGUUAGGAAAUUGUAUUGUCAGAAGUAUUGCAGUCUCUAUCCAGUCUCUACCAGUUUUGCAGUACUCACUCAUCAUAGAUGGCACUCAAGAUGUCUCAGGAGUAGAGCAAGAAUCUAUCUGUUUUAGAUAUGUGGACCAUGACCUGAUACCACAAGAGGUUUUUGUUGGUUUAUAUGAAGUUCCAGGGACAACUGGAGUAGAAAUUGCUAGGGUGGCUGCGGAUGUCCUCUUGAGGCUAAAUAUUCCUAUGAGUUGUCUAAGGGGUCAGACAUAUGAUGGUGCAGCCAAUAUGUCAGGAAGACAUUCAGGAGCACAAGCAGAACUUAAAAGACAGCAGCCAUUGGCUUUGCAUGUGCAUUGUGGGUCACACUGUCUUAACUUGAUCACACAGUCCGCUUGCCUAGCCAGUCCCGUGAUACGUGAUGCCUUGCAGUGGGUCCAUGAGCUAGGGACAUUAAGCCACCAGUCUGGGAAAUUUAAGGCCUUAUUUUCAGCAGUAGCAGCAGGUUCAGAAAGACAGUCGAUAUCACUCAGACCUCUGUGCCCAACCAGGUGGACAGUCCGAGGAAAAGCUAUCAGAGCAGUGCUGUCUCAGUAUGAGAGUGUUUUAUCUAGCUUGGAGGAGAUGGCAUCAAAUGGGUCUAACACAGGUGUGAGGGCAAAUGGACUACGAGAGAGAUUUGAAAAGGGUAAAACUGUGCUUGGACUUUUUUUGGCGUUAGAAGUGAUUGUUGAGUUAGAGUGUCUGAACAAGUCCCUGCAAAAACGGACAGAAACAAUUGCAGGAAUGAGAAGGUCAAUAGACUGUGUCAGAUCUACUCUAAUAGGAAAAAGAAAUGAGGACAGCUUUCAGGAGGUGUUUCAGAAAGCAGUGGCAAUGGUUGACUCCCUUGGGAUGGAGUCUAUUCAGAUUCCUCACCAAAGACAGCCACCAAAACGUUACACUGGUGGGGCGAGCCAGCACACUCCCAAGUCAGCUGAGGAGCAUUAUAGAACAGAGUUCUAUAAAAUGAUAGAUUGUGUUGAUGCCCAGCUUCAGGACAGGUUCUUCAACCAACCAGAUUUAGAUGUCUUGCAGAAGCUAGAGGAAAUUCUACUGACUGGAAAAGUAAAUGACAUUGUUGAUCACUAUCCAGAACUGAAUAGGGAUAAUCUAAAAGUCCAAUUAGCCAUGUUUCGGACUAAAAAUACUUUCAAAUCAAGUACUGAAGUGGCUAAUAUCAUGAGAGGAAUGGCUAUUGAAGUGAGAGGCUUGUUUGAUCAAGUUGAAACCCUUGUCAGGCUGCUUUUAGUCAUCCCAGUCUCAUCAGCUGAGGCUGAAAGAAGUUUCAGUGCUCUUAGGAGACUGAAAACAUGGCUCAGAUCAACAAUGGCACAAGUGAGACUUAACAGUAUUGCUGUGUGCCAUGUCCACCAGGACAAACUGGACAAAGUUGAUGUAAAACAAAUAUGCCAACAGUUCAUUUCUGUUAAUGACAGACGUAGACAUGUGUUUGGCUACUUCAAAUAGUAAGGAUUCGGAACAAGACAGUAGACACAAAGUUAAGUGAAGUUAAGUCUCUGUCAAACUGCCUCCUUGUCAUUAUUUGUUACCUGUAACAUUACAGAAUUAGUUAUUGCAUUACACUAUAAGCAGAGUAAAGUUAAUAAGUCUGUUAAACGGCUUUCUUGUC